AAGCCUACCCACUGAGGUAGCUUAGCCCUACAACUAUCUUUCUUAUUUUACCCAAACUUAUAAUUCGAAGACUCAACGAUACCGGAGCUCUUUUCAAUAUGGUUGCUUCGAAAAUAUCAACUCUCUUGUUGCCAUUCCUGUCCGGCACAGUUGCAGCGUCCCCCUUUCUAUCUUCCACGAAUUUGUAUCCUCGGGCAGCAUGUUCAGGAAACACAGCAACAACCAGAAACGAGUGGUGCGAUUACUCCAUCGACACUGAUUAUACCACUGAGGUGCCCGAUACUGGAGCAACUAAAGAGUAUUGGCUGGAAAUCACUGAUGUGACCGUUUCACCGGAUGGAAUUUCUCGCUCGGCAAUGGCUGUUAAUGGCUCAAUUCCAGGACCAACUCUCUUUGCGGACUGGGGUGAUACAGUUGUAGUUCAUGUUACAAAUUCCCUAACUACCUCUAACAAUGGAACAUCUAUUCACUUCCACGGUAUACGUCAGAAUUAUACAAAUGAAAACGAUGGAGUGGUUUCUAUUACUCAGUGUCCGACAGGACCCGGGGAAACUCGGACGUAUACCUGGAGGGCAACCCAAUAUGGGACGACUUGGUACCAUUCUCACUUUGCCCUUCAAGCGUGGGAAGGCGUUGCUGGAGGCAUAAUCAUCAAUGGCCCAGCUACUGCGAACUACGAUGAGGAUCUUGGGACCAUACUCUUAUCAGAUUGGAGUCACGACACGGUGGAUCAACUCUGGACCCAAGCACAGACAAGCGGCCCUCCUACAAUGGAAAAUGGGCUUAUCAAUGGCACUAACGUUUAUGAUGAUGGCGGUUCAAGAUUUCAAACUUCUUUCACUUCAGGGACCUCCUAUCGAAUCAGACUCAUCAAUGGAGCUAUCGAUACGCACUUUAAAUUCACUAUUGAUAACCACACAAUGCAAGUCAUAGCGACUGAUCUUGUGCCAAUCCAGCCAUACGAAGCAACUGUGAUUAAUAUCGGCAUUGGGCAACGUUACGAUAUCGUCGUUACUGCCGACCAGGCUUCGACUGCUGAUAGUUUUUGGCUCCGAGCUAUUCCCCAAUCAGCUUGCUCCGAGAAUGAUAGCCAGGAUAACAUCCGUGGCAUUGUGUCUUACACAGAUACCGCCUCAACACCGGAGACUACUGGCUAUGACUAUGUUGAUUCUUGUACAGAUGAGACCGAAAAUAUUGUUCCUUAUUAUAGCAAAACAGUAGGCAGUACUACGGCUGUCACAGACGAAGUAGCAGAUAUCGGCACCCUUAAUGGGCUUUUUAAAUGGACUCUAAACAGCACAUCUAUGCUGGUUAGUUGGACAAACCCUACCCUCUUACAAGUCAUGAAUGGUGAGAGCGCUUUUGAAGUCGACGACUCUGUCCUUGAGUUGCCCGAUGCGAACGUGUGGGUAUAUUUGGCGAUCGAGACAGACCUUCCUGUUCCCCAUCCAAUUCAUCUUCACGGCCAUGACUUUUUCAUACUCGCUCAGGACACAGGUACAUAUUCCAGCAGCGUCACUCUCAACACGGAUAACCCACCCCGCCGGGACACUGCCUUAUUACCCGCCAGUGGUUACAUCGUGCUGGCAUUCGAGACUGAUAAUCCUGGAGUUUGGCUCAUGCAUUGUCAUAUUGGUUGGCAUACGAGCGAAGGGUUUGCAUUGCAAUUCGUGGAGAGGUAUGACGAAAUAGCGGCUAUAACCGAUACGGACACACUCACAGACACCUGUUCAACCUGGUCUUCAUUCCAGACAUCAAAAGAUAUUGACCAAGAUGACUCUGGAAUCUAAAAUCAGUACAGAUGACAUUGAAGUUCUUUUCUCAAAGAGACUCAUAAUAUUACUGAUGGGGGCAGGUUGUCAAUAUAAUGAAUUAUUUGCAGCAAGGCAGUUCACAUCAUAUCGAAAUAGUUAGUUGUUUUGUAUAGUAUUCAGGGUAUUUUCAAUAUAUAUUUUAUGUCAACAAAGAAA